AUGGCAAAAACACUAAAGGAUCUUCAAGGCUGGGAGAUCAUAACAACUGAUGAACAGGGAAACAUAAUCGAUGGAGGCCAGAAAAGGUUGCGCCGAAGAGGGGCUCGAACUGAGAAUUACCUACAAAGGAGUUCCGAUGAAACUAAACUUGGUCGUGGCGAUAGUGUUAUCAUGCAUAACGAGGCUGCAGGGACUUACUCUGUUUAUAUGAUACAGGAGUUGAGACUAAAUACGUUAAACAAUGUCGUGGAAUUGUGGGCACUCACCUACUUAAGAUGGUUCGAAGUCAAUCCAUUAGCUCAUUACAGACAAUUCAAUCCCGAUGCCAACAUAUUGAAUUGUCCCUUAAGCUACUAUAAUAAAAAGUUUUCUGAAACUGCAAAUAAAAAUGAACUAUAUCUAACUGCAGAAGUAGCGGAGCUGCAGCUAUCAAAUUUUAUCAGGUCGGCUCGUGUCAUGGAAGAGAGUGAAUGGGAAAAAUUGAAGGAGGAUAUUGAUACAGAAAGAGAUUUUAUGGUUCGUUAUAUCUGUGAACCAACUGGCGAUAAGUUUGUUGGCAUUAGCAUUGAAGAUAUUAAGGCUUACGUAAAAAAGCUGGAACCGAAAGAGGCCCAAGAAUAUUUGAAAGAUUUGACGCUGUCACCAAAAAGAAAAGAAACCAAGGCAAGUUCACCAAGGAAGAAAAUAAAAACCGCUCAAACCGCUAAAAAUUCAGAUACCCAAAAAAGGGACACAGACCCAAUUGAUGAUGAGAGAAGUAGUAAUGAGGAUGAAGAGUUAUCUGAUUAUCAAAGUCCUUCGGAUGUCAAGAUUAAUGAAGUUAUGAGUAGUGACGAAAUAUCGGCGGAUGAGCUUGAUGAUGAAGAAGAAGAAGAGGAAGAGGAAGAGGAAGAGGAAGAGGAAGAGGAAGAGGAGGAAGAGGAGGAAGAUACUCUUAGAAAAUCACCGAGGAAGAAAAGAGUUCGUAACAUGAAAGCAAGUGAGGAUGAUACAGAUGUUUCUGCAGAACAUUCACCAAGAAAAAGAGGGCGCAAACCCAAAGAUCCUAGCAGACCACGUCAAAUGUUAUUGAUAUCUUCGUGCCGUGCGAACAACACUCCUGUGAUUAGAAAAUUUACCAAAAAAAAUGUCGCGAGAGCCAAGAAGAAGUAUACUCCCUUUUCGAAAAGAUUCAAGUCUAUCGCAGCAAUUCCUGAUUUAAGUACAUUACCUGAAUUUUACGAAAACUCGUCGAAAUUAACAGCUUCGAAUUUUGAAAAUAAACUGAAAACCACCCAAAAACAUCAAAUUGUGGAAACAAUCUUUUCUAAAAUCAAAAAACAGUUAAACUCCUCGUAUGUCAAAGAAGAGAUAUUGAAGUCGACAAACUUUCAAGAUUAUUUACCGGCUAGAGAAAAUGAAUUUGCCUCAAUUUAUUUAAGUGCGUAUAGUGCUAUUGAAUCAGACUCCGCUACCACUAUAUAUGUGGCUGGCACGCCUGGUGUGGGCAAAACUUUAACCGUACGGGAAGUUGUAAAGGAGUUAGUAUCAUCUUCUGCACAGCAGGAAAUACCAGAUUUUCUUUACGUGGAAAUAAAUGGAUUGAAAAUGGUAAAACCUACAGAUUGCUAUGAAACUUUAUGGAACAAGGUCUCAGGAGAAAGAUUAACAUGGGCUGCAUCGAUGGAAUCAUUAGAGUUUUACUUCAAAAGGGUACCGAAAAACAAGAAAAAAACUAUCGUGGUUCUAUUAGACGAACUUGAUGCAAUGGUGACAAAAUCUCAGGAUAUCAUGUAUAAUUUUUUCAAUUGGACUACUUACGAAAAUGCCAAACUUAUUGUCAUCGCAGUAGCGAAUACCAUGGACUUACCUGAGCGUCAGCUAGGUAACAAGAUUACUUCAAGAAUUGGGUUCACGAGAAUUAUGUUCACUGGGUAUACCCACGAAGAGCUGAAAAAUAUCAUUGAUUUAAGGCUCAAGGGUUUGAACGAUUCAUUUUUCUACGUUGAUACAAAGACGGGCAAUGCCAUACUGAUGGAUGCAGUGAAAAAUGAUGCUUCAGUAGAACAAAUGCAACCUACUGAUAUCAGGAAAGUUCGUUUAAGAAUGAGUCCUGAUGCCAUUGAAAUCGCCUCGAGGAAAGUAGCAAGUGUCAGUGGUGAUGCAAGGAGAGCAUUAAAAGUCUGUAAAAGAGCGGCGGAAAUCGCAGAAAAACAUUAUAUGGCCAAACGCGGUUAUGGAUAUGAUGGGAGAAUGGUUGUCGAAGAUGAAGACGACGAUCGUCCAUACGAUGGUGAAAAGGAGGAUUCAAUUGCAAAGGACGAAGCUAACAAAGAUGAUGACGAUGACGAUGACGAUGGAGUACAAACGGUUCACAUCGCGCAUGUUAUGAAGGCUUUAAACGAGACAUUGAAUUCACAUGCGAUUACGUUUAUGACGCGACUUUCAUUCACAGGAAAACUGUUCAUCUAUGCAUUAUUAAGCUUGGUAAAAAAGAACGGAUCUCAAGAACAAGAACUGGGCGAUAUUGUCGAUGAAAUCAAGUUACUUAUUGAAGUAAAUGGCAGUAAUAAGUUUGUUAUGGGAAUAACGAAAACACUAUUUCAACAGGGAAGUGAUGACAUUUCCGAACAGCUGAGAAUUAUAUCGUGGGAAUUCGUUCUCAAUCAAUUGCUUGACGCGGGUAUAUUGUUCAAACAGACCAUGCAAAAUGAUAGAAUAUGCAGUGUUAAACUGAAUAUAUCAGUAGAAGAGGCUAAAAGAGCCAUGAAAGAAGAUGAAGCUUUGAGAAGUUUAUAG